CCUUCCACACCCCUCCUCAGGCUUCCCCCCCCGCCGACGUCGCCGCCGCCGCCCGCCCACCCCCACCCCACGCCAUCGUCACAGUCACACACAAGAACUUCUACUGCACUUCCCUCCCCUCCUCCCCUCAACACGCCCACAGAACUACAGGACCUCGGCAAAAACUAAACUCAACAACCCGGCAUGUCCUCCCUCAUCGAAGUGGCCUCCGAGGCCGAGUUCCCGACCUACCUCUCCUCCCUCCCACCGACCUGCCUUCUGGUCCUCUACUUCCACGCCCCCUGGGCCGCGCCCUGCACGCAGAUGCGAGCCGUGCUGUCGGCCCUCGCCUCGCAAUAUCCCGCGACUAACCCGCCGACGACCGCCUUCCUGAGCGUCAACGCCGAAGAGCUGCCCGAUAUUUCGGAGGAUUACGAUGUCACCGCCGUCCCCUUCGUCGUGCUCGUCCGCGACGGUCAGAUUCUCGAGUCCAUCAGCGGCAGCGAAGCCGUGCGCGUGCGCGAUGCUGUCGAGCGCUACGCCGGCGCCGGCACCGGGAGCGCCCAGUUGCAACAGAACCAACAAGCACAGAAGACCGCCAUCCCCCCGCCAUUGACCGCCGUACCCCGGCAGGACGCCUCCGCGUCCACGACCGCUACCCAGGCGCCCAACGGAGCCGGUGGUGCGGCCACGGCGCCCCCCGCAGAGACAAAGGAGGCCCUGUUCGCUCGCCUGGCGGAACUGGUCAAGGCCGCGCCGGUCAUGCUGUUCAUGAAGGGCACGCCCAGCGCGCCGCAGUGCGGGUUCAGUCGACAGCUGGUCGCCAUCCUGCGCGAGCGCAGCGUGAAGUACGGGUUCUUUAAUAUCUUGGCCGAUGAGGACGUGAGACAGGGCUUGAAGGAGUUUGCUGAUUGGCCAACUUUUCCCCAACUGUGGGUGAAUGGCGAGUUGGUUGGUGGAUUGGAUAUUGUCAAGGAAGAGCUGGAAAAUGACCCGGAUUUCCUCGCCGCGUACUCGGUUAACAAGGCUGCGUGAGAUUUAUAGAAGUAUUUUCCCUUUCCCGUCGUCGGAUUCAUUGUACUGUGAUGCCAUGUUAAGAUAUUUCCCGGGGUUCCUUUUUGCGUUACCUCCUCUCAAGAUCUAGCGAUGACGAUUGAAAAGAAAGGCUCGAUUGUUCAUCCUCAACUUGGUCAGUUUUGACUCUGGCUUUGCGCCUCGGGCGUUGUCAGCGCUUGUAGUACUCUAAAUCUUACAUCUUACCAACUGGUGCAAGUCAGUUCCCUUCUUUCUGAAGAAAUCUACGAAUGAUCUUGCAUAUGAUCUGAAUGUAUGCAAACUCAAGCUAAAUCCAAAUUCAAAGACGCUAUGUAUGCUACGC